AUGGUGGCUCUUCUCAACCUCCUUGCUGAUGAGAAUAGCCCCUGGCAGCUUCUGUGUCUCAUCUCAGGGAGCAUCCCCAACAUCUGCUCCAAGAGUGCUGGUGGGGUCCAACACAAUGGCCUCUACACCAUCUUCAUCAGUCAAGCAAACAAGUCCUAUACCUUCAAUCCAGAGUCGCUGCUGGUCCAGGACAUCACCAAGAUUCCCAAGCUCAUGGCCUACAAGAAGCCCUCCCUCAUCAAGAGGUGGAACCCAAACCCAGACAGUGGUGCAUCAACUCACCUCAUCCAGUACCUCCACUUCUUCUCAACCUUCACCCUGUUCUUCCAUGGCAUCAGCUCCUAG